AUGUCUUUUAGAAAUCUCAGAAUCCCCCCUCCCUGUCAUUCCGUCCCCCUUCCCCAGAGCUCCUUUCUUGGAUUGGCGGGUGCUGCACUGCCUCUGGACACGUGGCGGGACCUCAUUGGCCAGCUGGAGAGCGGCGGUGUGGACGUGGUAACCCUAUCGCUGCCACUGUUACGUCGCAACAAUGGGCAUGACACAGCAACGGUACCAGCAGCAGCACCACCAGCAGCAGCAGCAGCAGCAGCAGCAGCAGCAGCAGCAGCAGCAGCAGCAGCAGCAGCAGCAGCAGCAGCAGCAGCAGCAGCAAAAGCAGCAGCAGCAGCAACAGCAGCAGCAACAACAGAUGCGGAAGCAGCAGCAUCUGCAGCAUCAGCUCCCCCUCCUCCGCUGAACCCCACAGCAUCACCUCUCUCCUCCAAGUCCACGCUCCCUGCUUCUGAGACGCCUCAAAAGCCUCUCAACUCUGCCUCCACAGCACCACCUCUCUCCAAGCCCACGCUCCCGCGCCCUGAGACGCCUCAAAAGCCUCUCAACUCCACCCCCACUGCACCGCCUCUCUCCAAGCCAUCGCUCCCGCGUCCUGCUACGCGCGUUCCGCGCUCAGGCGCGCAGUGGCUGUACCGCUGGAUGGUGGGGCGGGAGAAGCGCGCGGGGGGGAAGGGGAAGGGCGGGGAGGGGGAGAGGAAGGGCGGGGAGGGGGAGAGGAAGGGCGCAGGCGGGGAGGGGAAGGGCGCAAAGGGGGAGGGAAUGGAGGAGCGCGAGGAGAGGGGAGAGGGGAGGGAGGAGCGUGAGGAGAGGGGGGAGCGGAGGGAGGAGGAGGCGGAGGAGGAGGAGGGGAACAAGGAGAGGCAGCAGCAGCAGCAGCAGAAGCAGCAGGGGCAGCAGGGGCUGGAGCAGCAGGAGCAGCAGCAGCAGCAGGAGGAGGAGGAGCGGGAGUGGUUGGUGCCGGUGUGCAUUCAGUUCUUUGAGGUUGGGCCGUGCAAGGACCUGGUCAUAACAGUCUUAACACCACCUGAGCGCACUUCACGUAUUUCCGAACCAGCGGCCUGGCACCCUUCCGAGGCUAAGCCCGAGGCUCGGCAGCAACCCCAAGCCACAGCUUCUCCUGUCUCUGCCUCCGCUGCUUUUGCUCUUCCUCUCCCUCUCUCGCCUCCUGCUUCGUCCCAACUCGCUUCCUCCCCUGUCGCUCCCUCCCCCGUCGCUCCCUCCGCCCUCUCUUCCUUCGCUCCUGCCCUAGCCCCCCUCUCUGCGUCCCUCUGUGCCUCAGCCUCAGCCCCUAUUCCUGCCGCGUCUCCUCCUCUUACCCCCACCCUCACCCUUCCCCCUUCUCCUUCUCCUGCUCCUCCUCCUCCUUCUCCUCAGCCUCCCACCCCUCCUCCUGCUUCCCUCAUCCCGCGAUCCGCGUCACGGGAUGAGGCGCCUCAAAAGCAGACUUCUCCUGCCCUCACCCCGCGAUCCGCCUCACGGGACGAAACGCCUGUCGCUGAGGUGCCUCAACAGCAGACUUCUCCUUCUGCCGCCCUCAUCCCGCGAUCUGCCUCACGGGAUGAGGCGCCUCAAAAACAGACUCCUGCUGUCCUCUCCCCGGGAUCCGCCUCACGGGAUGAGGCGCCUGAAAACGGUCUCCUCACCCUCGCCCCGUCCACCCUCACCUCCUCUGAAUCCAGUUUUGAGACUUCUCAAAAGUCUCCUCAUCCCCCCACUCCUGCUGGUGCCCUCACCCCGCGAUCCGCCUCACGGGAUGAGGCACUUGAAAACAGCCUCUUCGCCCUCGCCCCGUCCACUCUCACCUCCUCGGAAUCCUACUCUGAACUACGCAAGGGCAAGCUAAGCACGUGGGACAAGCCGAGGGGGGCAUCGGAGACAUGGCUCCUGCAUGAUUUCAAGGAGAGGCCUGGCAACCAGUUCAAGUUCCGCAUGCUCUUUGAGCUCUCCUCCGACCCCAAGAUGCUUCUGAGCAAGGACGGCAGGCUCUUAGACUGCAACCAGGCGACAGUGAAGCGCAAGGAAGCGUCCUUGGAGAGAGCCAAGCAGGAGGCGGAGCGGGCAAGGCAGGCGGCAGAGCGGGCGAGUCUCUCAAAGACACAGUUCCUGGCGAACAUGAGCCACGAGAUCAGGACACCCAUGAACGGCGUGAUUGGAGUGGCAGAUCUUCUGCUGGAUACAGCCCUGAGCGAGGAGCAGCGCAUGCUGGCAGAGACCAUCCGCUCCUGCAGCGAGGGGCUGCUGCAGAUCCUGUCAGACAUCCUUGACCUGAGCAAGAUAGAGAGCGAUAAGAUGGAAUUAGAAGCCACACAGCUGGACGCAAGGCAGCACCUCAUGAGCUCUCUUGCUCUCUUCCGCACGGCCGUGCAAGACAAGGGGCUGCAGCUGAACGUGCGGGUCGCACCAGACGUGCCGCACGCGGUGACGACAGAUGCAGUGCGGUUGAGGCAGGUGCUGCUGAACCUGGUGUCAAACGCCCUCAAGUUCACCCAUCACGGCCGCAUCUCCGUCUCCCUCUCCCGCCUCCGCCCCUGCCCCGGCUGCUGCUGCUGCUCCCCCUCCUCCUCCUCCUCCUCCCCCGGCCUCCCUCACGCGUCUGCUGCUAGUCCUUCGCUUGCGGAGAACCAAGGCAGAGAGGGCUUGGCAGCAGCAGGCAUGGACGACGAAGGGAGAGUCAAGGAGGGGGAAAACACCGGCAAGGAGGAGGGGAACGGAGGAGAGGAGGGAGAGCAAGAAGCAGGCAAGGAGGGGGACUCAUCUAGGGUGGUGCUGCAGUAUACGGUUUCGGAUUCAGGCAUCGGCAUCUCGCAGGAGGGGCAGAGCCGCCUGUUCCAGGCCUUCACCCAGGCGGACAGCAGCACGUGCAGGAGAUUCGGAGGGACCGGGCUGGGGCUGGCUAUCUGCCGCGCAUUGGUGACUCUCAUGGGGGGGACUAUCGAGCUCACGAGCAAGGAGGGUGAGGGCUCAACUUUCUCGUUCACUGUGUGUGUGGGAACACUCAGAGACAGCCCCGGCCAAGCCUCCGCUGCUGCCGAGCCUGUCGAGUACGUUUGGAGCCGAACCUCUAGCAGUAGCAGCGGCCGCGGCAGCUAUGAUCGUAACAGCAGUGGCAGCAUUGUUGGCAGCAACAUUAUUAGCAGCCUCGGCAGUAGCCUCGGCACUGUGGAUGGGCAAAAGAGGCAACAUUAUAAGCGGUGUGGUGCAAAGAAAGGUGGCUCUAACGAGAGUGGUACAAAGGCUUUCCAAAAGGAGAGCUGCGAAGAGGCUCCUGAGUCGACUCAGAGGACUGAAGAGGAUAUGCUGAGAGGAGAUUCUAAUGAAGGUGCGAAGAGAGGAGAUUGUAAUGAAUGUACGAGGGGAGGGGAUUCGAAUGACGCUACUGCACCGUGCCAGCAGUGGCACGAGCGUGGAGCUCUGGAGAGACUGGAGGAGGACACAGGGAGAGAGGACGUGGAGGGUUGCAGAGCAGGGAUACCAAUACGGGAGGAGGAG